UGGAGAGGGAGGGACACGCCCCCGGACGCUGUGACGUAACACUGUAUUGGAGAAAUUCUGGCAGAGUGAAGUGCGGAGGUUAAUGAAAGUGCCAGAUAGAUAAGCGUCUGGUGAAAAUGGCUGGCUUCCUGGACAAUUUCCGAUGGCCGCAGUGUGAAUGCAUCGACUGGGGGGAGAAGAGGAACACCAUCGCCUCUGUAGUAGCCGGCAUUUUGUUUUUUUCAGGCUGGUGGAUUAUGAUAGACGCAGCAGUGGUGUACCCGUCACAGGAAGCCCUGAACCAUGCUUUUCACACCUGCGGUGUAUUUUCGACAGUGGCGUUUUUUAUGAUAAACGCAGUGUCUAAUGCACAGGUGCGAGGUGACAGCUACAGCGAUGGCUGCUUGGGAAGGGCCGGAGCACGGAUAUGGCUCUUCAUUGGCUUCAUGAUGAUGUUUGGGUCGCUGAUCGCCUCCAUGUGGAUCCUUUUUGGUGCCUACGUUACACAAAGUGUUAAUGUCUACCCCGGUCUGGCUGUGUUUUUCCAGAAUGCUUUAAUAUUCUUUAGCACUCUUAUCUACAAGUUUGGAAGAACAGAAGAAUUAUGGUCCUGAAACAUAGAAUUCCAUCUCUGUGUUUCCCGGUUUGAAUGUUUAAGUUUUUUUAGGUUAACGUUUAUACAUAUCGGUUUAUUUAAAACAUUGUAGCCUCAGCCUUAGUACAAUCUCCACAGAGACAGAGUGUAAUUACGCAACACUUUUACUGCUG